AUGAAGUGGUUUAUUCUGUUAACAGUAAUUGGUGUAAUAAACUGCAGUUACGAAGAGGAGGAGUUAAGUGUCGAUAUAAUGGUCCCAAAGUAUGAGAGGUUAGGCAAUGGCGUCGAAUGUCCGGAAAAAGUGGAGCUAAUUAUGAAUAAAUGCAAAGAAUUGGGCUCUACUAAUGAUACGAAUGGCAAAUUGUUUUGGGAUGUAUUGCACGGCAUUAAAUAUGUGGGUUACCUAAAACCCAUAAUUCGUGACGUGAUUAUGGAGAGCCCUACUAUUUCGCACUACGAGAAAGUUAAUAACUAUUGCAAAUUGCAAAAUGACACCAUGUUGAAAUAUUGCGCUAUACUCAAUUCUAAAUUGGUCGAAUCGAAAAAACUACGCGAUCGUGUUCUUGGUUAUCUAACCGAUGCUUCCAACCAAGCUAGAAUUAACUUGGGCGAAGUACUAUGGUAUGUUUAUAAU